AUGCGAAGGAUAGCUGACCGCAGGCACGUCACUGUGCGCAUAGCUCGAGAGCUCACCCUCGAAGCCGCCCAGGCCGCUGCAAGUAAUCGGAGUUCAAAUCCCGAUUAUGGUUCCCGAACGUAUAGCGUGUCACACAUUAAAAAACUCUUGGACAGUCGCCAUGAGCGCGAGGUCCUGGACGGAAUGCGGAGAGUGAUUUCGUUGAUGUAUCGCUCCGAGCCCUCUCUCCCAUUUUUCUCAGCCGUUGUGAAAAAUGCCGCCAGUCCAAACCUGGAAGUCAAGAAGCUGGUCUACAUCUAUCUGGUUCACCAUGCAGAAGCCGAGCCCGACUUAGCGUUGUUGUCGAUCAAUGCCAUCCAAAAAUCGUUGACAGACCAGAAUCCGCAAGUCCGGACCAUGGCGUUACGCACCAUGUCAGGCAUUCGAGUUCCGGUUAUCAGUCAGAUUGUCUCUUUGGCCAUCAAACGAGGAUGCGGUGACAUGAGUCCACAUGUGCGGAAGGCCGCGGCAUUGGCGAUUCCCAAAUGCUACCGCUUGGAUCCCAACACCCUACCGCAACUGAUAGGAUAUUUAUCAACGUUACUUGGAGACCCGCAGUACUUUGUGGUUGGGCCUGCCGUCGCGGCCUUCCUGGAGGUCUGCCCAGACCAGAUCGACUUGAUCCACAAGCACUACCGCGGCCUGGUGAAGAAACUCGUUGACAUGGACGAAUGGGGCCAGCUUGCAACCUUGCGGUUAUUGACUAUCUACGCGCGAAAAUGCUUUCCCCGGAGAACACAAAAGAUCAAACAGGCCGUUACCACCAAACCUUUUUAUGAUGACGAGGUGCAAGAUCACAAUGAGCCUAUUGAUGGCUCUGAGUACGAGGUUCAGCUCGUUGAUUCGGACCUUGAGCUUCUAUUUCGGGCGUGCAAGCUUCUCCUGCAAAAUCGCAAUUCUGCCGUCAUCGUCAGUGUUGUCCGCUGUUUCUUCUAUCUCGCACCGCCCGAAUACCUUCACUCGGCCGUCGGGCCCCUAGUGGCCCUUCUUCGGUGCCCCCAAGACAUGCAGCACGUUGCUCUUUACAAUAUCGUCACAGUCGCUCUCAGAGACCCCCAGCCAUUUACAAAGUACAUUGCUCGAUUCCUUGUUCAUGCGAGCGACCCGUUACAUAUCUGGCGCUUGAAACUAGAGAUUUUAACCAUUCUCUUCCCUUACUGCGGGCAGCAUUGGAAGGGAGUAAUCAUCAGCGAACUUGAACAUUUCUCUGCUGGAACCGAUCCAGAGCUAGUUCGAGAGAGCGUGCGGGCGAUUGGACGCUGCGCUCAAGGGGACGCCUCCACCGCCGAGCUCUGUCUGCGUAUCCUGCUCAACCAAGUCUCCAGCCUGGAUGGUAAUCUGGUCUCAGAGUCGCUGACGGUCAUCCGACACUUGAUUCAGCAAGAUCCACCGUCCCACAAGCAGACGGUCAUCAGGCUUGUCACCCACCUGGGCACAACAGCAAACCCUGAUGCCCGUGCAACAAUCAUCUGGCUAGUGGGGGAAUUUGCGGGCGUCGAUCCCGGACACAACAUUGCCCCUGACGUUUUGCGUGUUCUGAUUCGGACAUUCGCCGAUGAGACUGAAAUUGUCAAACAGCAGAUCGUUCUAUUGGGAGCCAAGGUGUACCUUCAUCAUCUGCUUCAGACAACUUCUACCGAGUCAUCAGAGCCAGCUCCACCCUCCAUUGACACAGCAACGGCAACCCAACUCGGGGAUGCGAUUGAGAAUGAAUGGACAUCGGACCAGCGUGAAAAUGAAGGUAUCUCAGAUGAGACUCCGCGACCAGAUGCUGUAAACGAAGAGAAAAGUGAGGAUCGAAUCACCAUGCUUUGGCGCUACAUUUUGCUUCUCGCGCGGUACGAUCCUUCUUACGAUCUCCGUGAUCGUGCUCGCUUGUACAAGGCUCUCCUGGCGACUCCAUCGUCCACACAGUUAGCCAAUCUGCUCUUGCUGGCUCCCAAGCCUGUGCCGCAUGCUCCCAGUCCGUCGGAAACACGCAAGGAUCUUCUACUUGGCACAGCCACUCUCGUUGUUGGACAGGAAGCAGGACACCAAGGUCUUCAAGGCUAUGCGAAGCUUCCAGACUGGGUUGAAGCGGGGCAAGAACCGGAUGCUAGUCUGCGAGCUGAUGAGACCAAACCGGAGACUUCAACAACCCUCGAUGCAUCCAUGACUGCUGGCGCGCGCCUAGAUAAGGCCCUUCGAGAACAUCAAACCAUGGUACCGCCAAGAGGAAGCGGCAGUGGAGUGGGAGGAGCACCCUCUGGCAAAAAGACUUUGGACCAAUGGCUUGAUGAAGAAGAGGAGUCCGAGUCUGGCUCUGAAAGCGAAGAAGAGACUGAUUCCGAAGAAGAGACUGACUCUGAAGAGGCAUCUGAUGAUGAGACAGACGAAGACGAGUCCGAGGAAGAAGAUGAAGAUGAUGACUCGGAAGCAGAUGACACCGACUCCGAGACCGAAGCGGUGCACAAAGAGUCCGAGCAGCUGCUAAAGUAG